AUGGGUCGUCGUCGUCGCGCGACGACGCCGAGCGUGGUAUCGCUCGUCGUCGCGCUCUUGUGUUCCUCGUGUUCGCCCUGCGCGGCGUCGUUUGACGCGCGAGUGGACGGGACGACGAAGAACACAUUCAUCGUUCGCUUCGACGACUACGACGACGUCGGCGCGCACGAGCGCAGGGUGACGAGCGCGCUCGCGCGCGGUGUCACCGAGAAUGAUGCGUGCGACGCGCGCGCGCGCGCUUGGCGAGUGCGACGGCGCGAGAACAUCGCGACGACGUCUUACCCGACGGACUUUGUCCUCGUUGAAGAACUAGAACGCGGUGGCUCAACCGGCGCAAGCAAGGGCGCGAACGCGAUUGGUGAGGACGCCGGAUUGGAUGCGAUUCGACUCGCGCUUCGCGGGAUCGCGCGUGACGUGCAUCGCGAACAGCGGUUCGUUCGUCGGUCGGCUUUAGCCGGUGAAACGGGCGCGCGAGAGGUACAGUUCUCCACCUCCCGCCGCGGGCGACGUUUGCUCGCACGAAGCGUGGCGGUGAAAAUGGGCGCGGAAGAGCUCUGGAACCAGGGCUACACCGGGGCUGGUAUCAAGAUGGCGGUUUUCGAUACAGGAAUCGCCGAGAAGCACCCACAUUUUAGAAACAUAGUCGAGCGCACGAACUGGACAAACGAGAAUCAGCUCGAAGAUCAGUUGGGACACGGGAGCUUCGUCGCGGGCGUGGUCGCGGGCACGAACAAUGCGUGCGCGGGAUUCGCCCCAGACGCCCUCAUUCACACAUUUCGAGUGUUUACGAAUGAUCAAAAUUCGUACACGUCUUGGUUUCUGGACGGUUUCAAUUACGCCAUCGCGACUGGCGUGCACGUGCUCAAUCUUUCGAUCGGAGGCCCGGACUACUUGGACAAGCCGUUCACAGACAAAGUGAACGAGAUCACGGCGUCUGGAAUCAUCAUGAUCAGCGCUAUCGGGAACGACGGCCCGAUGUACGGGACUCUGAACAAUCCCGCCGAUGGACUGGACAUAAUAGGAGUCGGUGGCAUUGACGACGAUGAGGAGAUCGCCGCAUUCAGUUCGCGCGGUAUGAGCACGUGGGAGCUCCCGAGUGGAUACGGACGAAUGAAACCGGACAUCGUGACGUACGGCGAACAGGUUUGGGCGAGUAAGACGACUAACGGAUGUCGGUCACUUUCCGGCACAUCUGUCGCGUCGCCAGUCGCCGCCGGCGCGGCGGUGCUUCUCAGUUCCAUCAUUCCCGAGAGCAAGAGAUGGUCGAUUCUGAAUCCAGCGGUGAUGAAACAGGCGCUCGUCGAAGGUGCGACGCGCUUGAAAUCUUCGGCGCACAUGUAUGAACAGGGCGCGGGUAAGCUCAACUUGUUGAAGUCGGCGGAGAUUUUGAGGGAGUACGAACCGCGCGCGUCGGUGGUUCCUCACACGUUUGACUUAACGCAGUGCCCGUACGCCUGGCCGCACUGCAAGCAGGGAAUAUACGCAACGAUGAUGCCUCUGAUGCUGAACGCGACAAUCGUGAAUGGACUUGGAACGCACGGUGAAAUCGUUCACGGUCCGGAGUUUUCGCCGAGCGCGGACGAUUUAGGUGCUCUAUUAGACGUUCGAUUCGCGUUCUCGGAAACGCUCUGGCCGUAUUCCGGAUACUUGGCGCUCUAUGUGCGCGUGAAGGAUGAGGGAGCGUCCGAGUCUGGGAUCGCAAGCGGCCGCGUGCGCUUCACGGUCGCCUCUCCCGGCGCGCGCGGCGAAAACAAGCCGCGCGUUUCAGAGGUUGAGAUGACGCUUCGCGUCAACAUCAUCCCGACGCCGAAUCGAGAGAAGCGCUUGCUCUGGGACCAGUUUCACAACGUUCGGUACCCCCCUGGAUACAUUCCUCGCGACAACAUAGACAUCAGACACGACGUUUUGGAUUGGCACGGCGAUCAUCCUCAUACGAACUUCCAUCAGUGGUACGACGAGUUGACCAACGCCGGGUACUUCAUCGAAGUUCUGGGAUCUCCUUACACGUGCUUCGACGCGAAACAUUACGGUGCUUUACUCAUGGUUGACCUCGAAGAAGAGUAUUCGAGCGACGAAAUCUCUAAACUCACUCGCGACGUGCGCGAGGAAGGUCUCGGAUUGGUGGUGUUCGCGGAGUGGUACGACGAGAGCAUGUUGGACAAAAUAAAGUUUUUUGACGACAACACGCAUUACGAGUGGCACGCGGCGACCGGAGGUGCUAAUAUUCCGGCCUUGAAUGAUCUUUUCAACGAAUUCGGGGUGCAGUUCGGCGGCGAUCUCACCGAAGGAUCGGUCAACGUCGAUGGAGAAAAGGUGCUCGUCUCCAGCGGCACGUGCGUAUCCCGUGCGCCUGCGGGGGCGUACGUCCAUCGGGCGCGUCUGAAAGAUAAAGAAAGUGAUAAACAACAGGAAUUCGCGUUCUUGACUCUCUUUCAGGCGGGGAAAGGACGAGUAUUCGCGUUUGUCGAUUCAAACUGCGUCGAUAGCUCACACAUGCAGAGUGCGUGUUUUGGAUUCGCGCGGAAAGGAAUCGAAUUCGCUGCGACUGGCGCGUGCUCACAUGCACUUUGCGACUUGAACGCGCGUGUCACCCUCGAUUGGUCAGACAAUAAACCACUACCGGCCAGACAAACAACAGUGGAUUUUUCAAAGUUUAGCACCGUGCUCGGCGGUCGACCAGGGAACGAAGGUUCGAUGAAAUGUGGACCGAACGCGCCUGUGGAGUUCCACGACGCCAAGGUUUCGUACACCGACCUCCCGGGACGUCUCAAGGUUGCCGCAGCGGACCUCAGUAUUCACCAUGGUACAGAGGACGAGAAGCUCAGAACGAGCGGCGUCGAUGUCGCGGAGCGCGCCGACCAACGACACCCUCUCAAUGCCGACACCAUCAACUCGGGAUCGAGCAGUUCGCGAAAGAUGCGAUCGUAUCUUGCGCUUUUAGGGGUGUUCGCAGUUUUAUUAGUGUGGCGAGCGCGGCGUCGACGGGCGCGACGGGCGAGAGCGAAAGCGUUAGCACAUGCGGAGCGUGCGUCGAGUUGA